UAGCCUCUUCCUAGCGCCUGCUGGGAGCAGAACCGUGAGGACGCGGGGACUGAGCGUAGGGCCCAGGGGCGAGCGCACGCCCUCGCGAAGCCCGGCGGGAGGCCGCUAUGGAGCCGUCUCCGCAGGCUCGGGUCCUGCGAUGCUGCUGCUGCCGCGUCUUCCAGGCGCACCAGGUGAAAAAGAGUCUCAAGUGGACAUGCAAAGUUUGUGGAGAGCAGCAGUCAUUUUUACGGGCUUACGGUGAGGGCUCUGGUGCCGACUGUAGACGCCACGUCCAAAAAUUGAAUCUGCUGCAGGCCCGGCUAUCAGAGACGCCACGCAGGUCUCCGGAAGAGCCUGUUCAUGCUGGCAGAGGGAGAAAUGCAGGUCCUGGGCCGGCCGAGCUUCUGAGUGCACAGGUGAGCCAGCAGGAAGAACCCCAGCCAUCCAGGAACCGCUGGCGGAAGUACCUGGAAAGGGGCUCUGGAGAGCUAGGGCUGCAGGGAGCCGUGGGUUUCAGCAGCUGGUCCUCGUCCUCAGUGGGAAAGCUGAACGCUCCCUCUGGGACCCGCCUGCCUAGAACAAGGGUCACACCAACCUGGCCAGGAAGGUCAGAGGGAGCAGUCACCAGGCCUGGGACACUGGGGAGAGCCCUGGGCCUGGGAGGGCGCCAGUGUGCCACCCAGCAGGUGAGGGCCAUGCCUUCUCAGUGGGUACGAUUCCUUCCACCACCUAGGAACAGCACACAGGUGGACACAGAGCCCUCAAUACUGCUGCAGAGGGGCCCCAUGCCAGCUGAGGCAGCACGAGCUGAGCAGGAGACCCCACAGGACUCAAACCACAAGACUACUGGUGCACUCCAGCUUCCUUGGGCCACACACACUCCAUGUGGGCCCAAGAGGCCCUUUGAGGUGAUCCCUGAGCAGUUGUGGGGUACAGGCCCUCAAGCAGAGGGCGGGUCCUUGGUCAGAGGGGCACCAGAGUCCCGACUUGUGCGACUACAAGACCUCUUUAACACUGGGGAGGACUUCGAUGACGCCCUGUGA